UUAAAGGCAUGAGAGAUUCAAGAACAUCAUCUUCAGAGAUGACCGCUUGGUGUUCUGCUGUUGUGUUGUUGUCUUUAAUACUUUUGUUAUCAGUUCGUGAGAACAACGCUUCCGGUUCACCUAGAGGGUCUCAAUUCUCAGAGAAAACUUGCGAAGAUAUUUAUGUCGUGGGAGAAGGAGAAACGCUUCACACCAUCGACGAUAAAUGCGGCGACCCUUUUAUAGCUGAGAGAAACCCGCAUAUCCAUGACCCGGAUGACGUCUUCCCGGGUCUUGUUAUCAGGAUCGCACCCUUUUACUUCCCCAGGAAAGUGUAA